ACUGGACGCCCUUACAAACAAAUGCAAAAUGUGCAAAUGAUGCAAAUAUUUGGUAUGACCUCGGCACUUUCCCGAAAGGGAGUCUGGCGCUCUAGGAAGAACGAUACAUAAUACGACGUCACCAAGCAAAAUCCCAACACCAAAUCGCGAACUCGAUUGGGUGAGACCACUCGGUCGCUGCCUGCUACCCUCAAGAUAAGAGACUAUGGCUGGUUGAGUUCCCUGCUGAUAUUGACCCACUAGUACAUAUUUAGACGGUCGCAUGUCAGUCGGGAGCUUACAAUGCUUGUCAGGCACACAACAUCAUGAAUGUGAAUACCGCAUUUCACCCGAAAGUCUUCCUUCGACAUGAGUUUCCAGCUCUGGUAGCACACUUUCGCAGCCUCAUUAGGGAGCAAUCGUCGGUUGAUCAGGUCUAUGAACUCAACCGUUGCCUGCUAGAACUGACAUAUGCGGAGGCUCUGCCACCUGUCGUGUACGGCGUUUGGCUGCCCAUUUCCCUGCGGGUUGUCCCGGACAUACUGCAAGCUGCGAUUAAGGACCCAGUCUCCCAUGGGGUACGUGAGGCUGGCAUUCGAGCGUUAGCGCGUGUCUUCCAUCGCAAGGAAUGGAAAAUACAAGGGUGGGAUGCCCUCGGCGGCGCGGAGGGGAUCAGGAAUCUGCUCAGUGAACUCUCAGUAAAGGAAGUCGUUUUGGUAUUCAAAUCCAUUGCAAAGUGUCAGCAUGUGUCUGACCCCGAGAUUUUAUCGACUUGCGUGGAGGAUCUCAUUCGUCUCUUGCAACGUGAGAGUCCCUCUGGGUUGUCACCAUUUCUUCUGCGACCUUUGUAUCCGUUGUGCAGCUCCAAUUUCUUGAAGGAAUUGCUAUCAGGCCUGCCGGAAGGGCCAUUGCUAGCGUGGUUGGUUCAGAAGUUGGGUCGCUCGCACGCAGAUCUUGUACGACAAGUUGCUCUCGGCCAUAUUUCAGUGCCCCUGGAAGUACAAGUGAGAGUAUUAAAAGAUCGUGUGCAUGAUUUAAUUGAUUCUCCCAAACCCUAUACUCCCCUGGUCAAAAGGGAUCUUCCAUCCGAAACGCCUCCGGGUCUAGUGUUCUGCUUAGACCUGUAUCAUGUGAUGUCUGACAAUUCCCUACUUGACUUGAUGGCAGGAAGUGCUCGGGAGGGGUACAUAAAGAAGGCACUGAGACUGGCGUGUCGGAAGAAUUUGCCAUCCAACUAUAUCACAAUAUUUCUUCAACACAUGACACCGUAUUGGCUGCGGCGGGCGCGUACCAUGUGGAAUGGUACUCUUACUGAGCCCCUGUUUCAGGAGAUUAUCGGCUGCUGGUCUAUAGCUCGAUGCGGGACCACUGGUAACAAUACUGAAUCGACUGUAGAACGAUUUACAAGAAGCCCUUCUAGUUCCCGGCCAACCACAGGUGACGAGAUGGCUUUGGAGUCAUUAAUGACCAAAUUGAUCCGCUACGCCUCCGACCCAAGAGAAAAUCUUAAAUAUGAUCGUCCUCUUAUCGGCACUGAGCUACUGGAACAGAUUGCGCCGUCGGAGAGAUUUAAGUUUAUUAGACUGUUUUGUGGACAUUCAGAGCACCUGAGGUUCGACAUUGACGUGUCUCCUCCGUCUGAGCGAGAACGAAAGCUCGUUCCCAUAUGGGACUUUAAGACUCUACGAGUACUACCGGAUACAGACGGACAAUAUCUGUUUGACAGAAUGCUAUCUAUUCACGGUUGUGAAGAAUUCAUACCCACACCACCAGAAGUGCAGACUCUGAGCUGGAUCAACCAGUGCCUUUUAAAGAUCGGUUGGGAAGUAGGAAUGACAGACACAGAUGGCCUUCCCUUUACUCAAAAAGCGAUCAAGGAGAUGCAGGAACAAGGCAAGCGAGGAAGAGAUCAUGAACAUCGAUUGAAAUGGGCGGGAGCAGCUAUUGAUGCUGCUCUUGCGACGUCCUCUGUAGACAUCUUUACUUCAGUGGUACAGUGGACAAAGAGGUUUAUGCGUGAUCCGCUCGUAUUUCCGGAUCUGAUGAAGGACAAAAUCCUAGGCUCUGACGCCAUAAGUCUUAUCUCAUGCGUUGGUAUUAGCCCAGCCUGCAGGCCAACUUCUUUAUCACAGCUCAACGACAUUGUACAAGGAGCAAACAAGGCAUUGGAUAAUGUCCUUGAAGUCGUGCUCCUUGCUAGUCAAGAACCUGGCGGUAAAAUCAUUUCUAUAAACCGACUGCUUAAAUUUACAUCUAAGAUCGUGGAAAGCCGAAUAAGAGGGCUGAAACAGUAUCAACCACUUGGUAACCAUUUACAGCUCGCGAAUGUGCUCCUGAACCCUCUUAUUCCCAUAUUUCUGACAUACGAGCGCGUUGUGCAACCUGGCGAAGAAUCAAUGACCGACCAGAACAGGCUAAGUGGCCUACUAGCAAACUUGGCAUGUCCUGCACAGCCGGUGGAAGCUGCUGUUAUAUUCAUGGACAAACUUGCAGAGGGAAGAGACAAAUUGUGGCAAGAAAUACGCACCAACACUGACCCUGCUGUCAGCCGUCUCGGGAAGGGCUGGCCUAAGGGGCUUCCGAUCCAGUAUCUCGUGCCUGACAGAAAAUGGGCACAUUGUGCGUUACAGCAUAAAGAUGCAGCACCUUAUCUCCGGAAUAGAGUGGAAGAUAUUGUGAAAGCCCCAUUCCAUGAUACACUGACGCCUAAACCACAUGUCAGACCCAGGAACGAGUGGGUCGACAGUUUGCGCUACGCUAUUGAAUCAUACGUUGGAAUCGGAGAAGAGGAAAGCAAAGCGAAUCUCUUAAACCUCUUUCAGUACUACAACUCCGAACUAGGAAACUAUGCGUCUGAAAGCCAGCAGGAUCUUGAGCAGCUACAGGUGUUUCGACAAUGGCUUCGCGGCUUGGCUGAAACACUAAAUAUGCCUAAGGCAGCAGCGGUCCUUGACCAAGAUACUCGGACACCAAACACUAGCUUUCUUGACCGGGACGCGAGAUCCCAUGACAUCUUUGUGUGGGACCCUAGGUGUGAAUCCUCUGAGGGAGAGGCGGACGAAGAGCCAACGAAUAUUCCUGUCACCUUGCUGUAUUGUCGUAUGCAUGGGGAAAUACCUGGGUCUAAGACCGUCCUAUUGUCGCUGGAGGAAGCUAUGGUUGAUCCACUGUCUAUUUGGACACUAGGUUGGAUGUCUGCGGUCAAGCUUGACAAGCCGUUUCUCGAAUGCCAGGAGGCUGUGAUUUUGUCCUCUCUUCUCUUCUUACAUAACAACGGGGAUCAGAGGCAACUCAUCUCUAGUCCUUUCCCCAACGAGGGAUCCGUAAGAUAUCCACCAGUCUCAUUGGAUGAUCGCUUUGUGACGUACGCAAGCAAGGAUAGCACCGAUGCUAGGAAGAGAGCCACACAAGCCCUUAGAAAAUUCAUCAAGGCAAUCCCAGCUAGGUUACUACGAGAUGUGGCAAUGUCUCUACUGGAUAAUGCUGGAGGCCUUUCUCCGACGUCAACCUCUUAUGGGACUAUCCUGACCAGUGUGACUGAUGUUAUUGUCCUCUUAGGGCUUUCAGAUCGACCGGAACUAGCUAUUGAUGUUGUAAAUCGAGUCAUACAACAUCUUCCAGACGCAUCAUCGUAUCACAGACACAUGAGAUUGAUAGGCCUUGGUAAGAGACUUCAACCAGGCCGGGCCAAAGAAUUUAUUGGACAAUUUGCCAAGUUUGUCAUGCAAAACCUGGAACAGAAUCAAAGACAGGAUAAUCAAAAUGCUUCAGACCAGAACGAGAUUGCAAAUCAGCCGAAGCAUUUUGUCAAGAUUACCACAGUCAAAAUGCUGGGUGAAAUCCUCGCAGAAGCAACCUUCCUACCAACUACGAUGAACAUAUCUAUAUUGCAGGUCCUAUUCAAUGAAAGUCGUCAUAUUGAUGUUCGAUCACGGGCCGUCUCAGCUGUUCUGUCUCUCUUUGACAAAGUGUUUGACACACAGAUGAUCUUCAGCGCCAUCGCCGGAUUUGCUAUCCAAGCCGCAGGGCCCGGAGAAGUAGAGCCGAUCAGUGAGGCAGACUGGGUAAAUGCGGAGAACGGGGGUAAACUUCCAACUGUUGCGAUGACAGAUGAACGCCCCGCCCUUAACUUGUUCGUUGGGGACGCGUACCAUAAGCUUCCUAAGGAACAUAGGGCAGAGUACGUAGAGAAGGUUCUGCUCCCGUUGGUGGACGAGUCGACCCGUCAGCACAACCGUUGGAUGAAGGCCUUUGUCAGUCGGAAUGUUGCGGACAUAAGUGUACUGAAGACCUUCGACUUUGGACCGUUCCACAUUAAAAUCAUUGACGAUAUCCUGGAUAAGUGGGUAGACUACCUUCCUGCGUCCUUCCUCCUCCGCCACCGCAACUACGCACUAUCCUACAUCCGUCAACCGGAGCUAGUCAAGGUCACCGAAACGAUCGCGAAGCGGGAGCCUGAAUAUAGACAGACAAACGCAGGAAAACACUGGGGCCAAUACAUGGACUUCUGUCGAAACUGGCCGCCGUUUGAGCAAUUACAGAAACUUCUCGAUGAAACUACGGAAUCAAAAGUCCCCAACGGAAUUACCGUGGUGAGCCUAAUGGCUGAGUAUGCCGAGCGUGCGGCAGUCGUUGUGAGACAUCCUAUCAAGUUCGCCUCAGAACAGGCCAAGUUUGUAGUCUCGACGGACUUCCUUAUGGAGGGAUUACAAGCACUCGAAGGUACAUCUUGUGGGUAUACGGACACGGAAUACCGCAUACAACACCAGAUGCCCUAUCAGAGGACCUUGGAACAGAUUGCAGCUGAUGUAGAAUCCCUCCGAACGGAGAAGUGGCUGAAUAGUCUGGAUCGCCAGCCCGUGGUGCUCCCUUCAUGGCUGGAAUUGCAGGUCACGCUUCUCCCCUCACCAAAGGUAAAUCCGUUCGUAGAGGAGCCGGACAAAGAGUUUGUGCGUCGUGUGCUGCAGCUUAUUGAGAGGUGUGUGGCGGAUCCGACCUUGUUACCGGAUUUCAAGCUUUUGGAAGAGGUGAUGGAAUGCCCUGAAGGCGCAGAGAUAUUGUCCUGUGCCUUGCUCCUUGGAGAUGGGCCUACCAACGAACAUACCUUGUUGUAUGGUACGUUGAGGAUCCAGCUGGCCCAAAUCCUGGUUUCACGUCUCGAUUCAGCGGAGCUGGUACUCAACGAUGAAGUCAAAGCCAUGUUGAGGAAGUGGAAGGCAAGUCCUAGUGAGUAUGUCCGAAGGAUUGGAUGGAGGUUUGAUAAUGCGGUGGCUUGAAUGUAUGUACG